GAGGAAGACAUUUGUUUACGCAAAGAUGUCGGGGCUAUCGGCGAAAGAACAGGAAGGUUUUCGAAAACUGAUGGGUCUAUUGACAACAUCGGACUUACUGUCACUCAGCGACACGGUCACAAACAAGCUAAUAGUUGUGGAAAAUGUCACAGAGGCCACAGAAACUAUUCUCUCCUUCAGUAAAAACGCCGAGGAGCUCCUGAAAAGGAAGAAGAUCCAGCGAGACAUCAUAUUCAAAUACUUGGCAAAAGAAGGUGUGAUCUUGUCCCCGAGCAGCGAUAAACGUCAACUGAUCGAGAAGACUUUGGAGUAUUGGUCGUCAGGGAAGGUUUCAUCAGGCAAAAACCGUCAAUCCGACACGGACGACACCACAGAGGCAGCAUCUGAUUCUACAGACAAGUUUGAAGCAGGAUUUGACCCGCUGACCCUUGGUCAUCAGUUCUGCCUGUGGUUCUUCCAACUUUUGAACAGUCAGAAUCCUACAUUAAACCAGCAGCCUCAAGACUGGGGAACACAGCACUUCUGGCCAGAUGUGAAGUUAUGCCUUUUUGCCAGAGCUGGCAGUGAACAGAUGGAGGACUUUCUUGGAGCGGAGCUGGUGAGCCUUCGCCUUUUGGCCCUGAGCAGGGAGGAGCGCCUCGUCUUUAGUCCCAAUCUGGAGCCUCAGGGUCUGAAGGCUCUCGCCUCCCCCCACGGUCUGGUGAUCGUGGCAGUCGCCGGGACCAUCCACAGAGACUCAAACUGCCUUGGCAUCUUUGAACAAGUAUUUGGCCUCAUCCGCUCCCCGCUGAUGAACAACAACUGGAAGAUAAAGUUCAUCAAACUGAAGAUCAGAGGACUGGAUGCUCUGGGAGGGACAGGGGUGGCAGCACCGGCUCUCAACUACAGCUCCACUGAUCUGCAGCUUCUCUGCAGUUCAUGACUUUCAAGAUGCACACUUUCUUUUCUUUAUACAUUAUGUUCCCAGAAACAGUUUGACAGAACACACUCUGAAUUCAGUCGCUUCUUUAAGUUACCUGAAAAUGUUCUACUGAGAGGAGAGGUCUGAUACUUCAUUUUUUCAACUUUGGUGUAUUCUGGAAACAUUUUAGUUAAGGGUUAGAGAUUGUGUGUGUUGCUGAAAAGCAUGCCCGUGCCUUAUUUGAUAUUACAUGUAUGUAUGUAUAUAUGAAUAUAAGAAUGUAAAGCAAAAAUUCUAUAUUGCCUCUUUACUGUAAUUUCCAAAAGGAUUCUGCUUGCAACAGAAAAACGAGUCACUACAGAGACGGUACAUGCUGUCAUAAAGCUGUUUUUGAGUAUAAAGUCAGAUCCCUGUGUCACAUGGGAUGAACCAAGGUUAGAAAGGUUUACAAGCAUAUCUGACAUUUUGUCAGACUCUGCUCUCACUGAGUUCUGUGCUGAUUAGAAAGAUGUGUACAUAAACAUAUGUUGUUAUUUCCAGCGUUGCACUUUGAGUUUAUUAGUGUUACACAUUGGAAUGCUCUGAAUUGUUUAAAUUUAGUUUGAAUUAAAGUGACUGCUGCUCUGUGAA